AUGGACAAUUGUCUUAUUGAUAGUCUGGUAGAGCAGGUUGCAAAUGGGAAGAAGAAUGGGCAUUGUUUUAAGAAAGAGACAUACAAACCAUGUGUUGACAAUAUCAGAGAUAAGUUGGGGAUCAUUCUCACGUCAAAGAACGUUAUUAACCUCUUACGCACUGUGAAAAAGUUGUACUUUACAAUUCGGGAUUUGCACAGUGCUAGUGGUUUCGGGUGGGAUGAUAGUUUGAAGGUGGUGGUCGCAACGGAUGAUGUUUGGGUGGACUACAUAAAGUCACACCUGUAUGCACAACAUGUUCGUGGUAAGCCGUGUUUAAGAUAUGAUGACCUGGAGUACAUUUUUGGAGACGAUCAUGCCACUGUUGGUCUUGGAUCUGAUGAUUUUGGCGAUGGCGGCUCAAAUAUCUAUUGGUCGUGGGACAAUUGUGAAGGUGCCAAUAUACCACAUUCGACUCCAUCUGCAAAAGGAAACAAUUCCAAUACUACAAACAGCAGUGCAAACUCUAGGAAGGGGGCGAGGGCUACGCGUCCAACUGAUGUGAUUGGUCACGGUUUGAUCGACAUGGCUGAAGUUCUGCAAUCGAUUGCAACAAAUAGGACAAUGGAAAAGAAUUUUGUAAGAAUGACUGUUAUCAUUCUAGAGCUGGAGCAGUUGGAUGGACUGAACGGGUAA